AUGGUCAGACCAAUUAUCAAGAGAUUAAAAUCAUUGGGAGAUUUGAAAUCCAAAAAGAAAGACGAAAACAACCAUGAACAAGCAGAAUGUAAAACCGAACGAGCCACCUCUCCAUCAUCGUCGGUCAACUCGACACCCUCGACUAGUGUCAAUUCCACACCCAACAAUAUGACUCCAUCUCUAAAGUCGCGCUCGCCAGACUCUUCGACGCCACCCAUCAAGCUCUAUUCGCCAUCACCACUCUCUCGUGGAAUGAGUGCCUCUGAAUUCAAUGCCAUGCAAAGUGCACAGCCAUCGGGAGACCGUCCUCCACUCCAAGGUCAUGGUCUCAAGAAAUUGCCACUUGAGAAGCUGCCAAACAUUGCAGAGUCUGACUCUCCUAUGCAAACACCCAAGACACCAUCCAAGAGUCCACGUACUCCUCGUAAUUUAUUUGGCUUGUUGGCUCCUAAAAAGGAAGAGCCCGAACAUGACGACUCGUACGAUACGACAGGUAGCGACGACGAAGAUUUUGAAGACGAUGACGAGGGUCGUGUAGAUUUAAAGGAUUAUGCAUAUGACAACGACAAUGACGACUAUGACAUCAAUGAAAGAGAAUUGGUUGAUGAAGAUGGUGAUGCUGUCGACUCGCCACGGGAUCAUCUCUUUCAACCAUUUUCAUGA